GUGUUGGGAAGUAUAUGAUAGAGACACAUAUCGAUGACCUUAGUUUGACUGUUUGAGGAUGAAGCAAUGCAAUUAACGAAACUAUCCUCUGCAAGGUUCCAACUCCAACUCCAAGUUGAAGUCCCUUCAGGCACGACAAAACGCCGCGUUGCAGAGCAAAGCUGCUUGUCCCUCCUCACCUCAUGCGAAAGUGUCGCCACCCUCACCCAAAUCCACGCCCUCAUCCUCAAACUCGGCCUCCACCGCAACCCCCUCGUCCUCACCAAGUUCGCCGCCACCUCCUCCCUCUUCGACGCCGUCCACUACGCCUCCUCCGUCAUCUUCCCCGACCACGAACCCACCCCUCACACGCGCCCCUUCCACGACGUCUUCCUCUUCAACACCCUCAUCAGAGCCUUCGCGCAAACCACGCACUCCAAGCCCCACGCCCUGCGCCUCUACAGCGCCAUGCUCCGCCACGCCGUUCCGCCCAACAAGUUCACGUUUCCGUUCGUUCUCAAGGCCUGCGCCGGCCUCGCCGGCUUGCGCCUUGGCCAGACGCUGCACUCCUCGGUUGUGAAAUUUGGAUUCCAAGACGACUUGCACGUGCGGAACACCAUGAUUCAUAUGUACUGUUGCUGCGGGGAAGCCACUGAGAGUGCUCAGAAGGUGUUUGAUGGAAGUCCUGAACGGGAUUCCGUGACGUGGAGCGCCAUGAUCGGAGGGUAUGCACGUGCGGGGAAUUCUGCACGUGCGGUUGCGUUGUUUCGAGAAAUGCAGGUUACGGGGGUGUCUCCCGAUGAGGUCACCAUGGUUUCGGUUUUGUCUGCAUGUGCUGAUUUGGGUGCGCUUGAAUUGGGGAAGUGGUUGGAGUCUUAUGUUGAAAGGAAGAACAUAACGAAGUCAGUGGAGUUGUGUAACGCGCUGAUAGACAUGUUUUCCAAGUGUGGUGAUGUUGAUAGGGCUGUGAAAGUUUUUAGGGAAAUGGAAUUGAGGACCAUAGUUUCAUGGACUUCGGUGAUCGUUGGCUUGGCAACGCACGGUCGUGGAUUGGAGGCUGUUUCGGUUUUUGAUGAGAUGGUGGAACAAGGGGUGGAGCCUGAUGAUGUUGCUUUCAUUGGGGUGCUUUCUGCUUGUAGUCACUCAGGGCUGGUUGAUAAGGGGCGUUACUAUUUCAAUACAAUGGAGAAUAGGUUCUGCAUUGUGCCAAAGAUCGAACAUUAUGGAUGCAUGGUUGAUAUGUUGAGUAGAGCAGGGCUUGUGAAUGAGGCUUUGGAGUUUGUUCGAGCCAUGCCGGUUGAGCCUAACCAGGUCAUAUGGAGAAGCAUAGUCACUGCAUGCCAUGCUCGUGGUGAACUUAAGCUGGGUGAAAGCAUAUCAGAAGAGCUCAUCAGGCGCGAGCCGAUGCACGAGUCUAACUACGUGCUGCUGUCAAACAUUUACGCGAAAUUGCUGCGUUGGGAGAAGAAGACAAAGGUUAGGGAGAUGAUGGAUGUGAAGGGGAUGAGGAAGAUUCCAGGUAGCACCAUGAUUGAGAUGAAUAAUGAAAUAUAUGAGUUUGUUGCUGGGGAUAAGUCACAUGAUCGGUACAAGGAGAUAUAUGAAAUGGUGGAGGAGAUGGGAAGGGAGAUAAAGAGAGCAGGUUAUGUGCCUACAACAUCACAGGUGUUGCUUGACAUUGAUGAAGAAGAUAAGGAAGAUGCUUUGUAUAGACACAGUGAAAAGCUUGCUAUUGCUUUUGCUCUUCUGAGUACGCCCCCUGGAACACCUAUUAGAAUUGUGAAGAACCUGCGCGUUUGUGAAGAUUGUCACUCUGCUACUAAGUUCAUAUCUAAGGUUUAUAACCGGGAGAUUGUUGUGAGGGACCGCAAUCGUUUCCACCAUUUCAAGAAUGGUUUGUGCUCCUGCGGAGACUUCUGGUGACAAAUUGGUAAGAGGUAUCUAAAAUUUUCUAUUCAUUUGUUGAAGCCUGAAAGUGCUUCGAAGUUUUGAUCAAGUGCUUGAAAACUAAUUAAUGGAAACAAAUACAAGGACAGUGCAUUUUGUUCUCAUCAAUAUGUUAAAAUUCAAACUCUUAAAAAUAUGUGAAUUGUAUAAAACAAAACUUAUAUGCAUUUCUUCAAGUUUUUUUUUUUUUUCCUGUUGUUCUUCAAUCAAAAUUGAAGUUUCAUAUCAAUAAAUCUACUUAAUAAAGGAUUACAUGAGGUCAACAUAAAUUAUUGAAGUAAUCUUCAAUUUUGAUUAGAUAACCAUAAUAAAAGCGCCUAAUUUUGUGAGAAUGUUUACAUAAAGUCGACAUCACUUAUUGUACUGAUAUAUGAUACUCUAAUGCCAAUUUUCUAUUAAUCAUUUGUUUUAUAAA